AUGAAAUCCCUUCGACGAUCCCACACUCCCUCGGCUUCGUCGUCUUCGACCCCCUUCUCAUCACCCGUUCCCUCAUCAUCCUCACCAGCGUCGUCGUCAUGGAUCCAUCUCAGAUCGCUCCUAAUUGUCGCCUCUCUUCCUCCAGUUCAUGAUCGGUGAGUGCUUUUCGAUUCCUCCCUUCUUCUUCUUCUUCUUCUUCUUCUUAUUCUCGUCACAAUCCAAAAUUUCCCCCUUCCUUCUGUUCUCCUCAAUCCAUUCUACUAUUCAGCUUCGAUUUUACUUUUUUUGUGGCCAAGAUCACUGCGUACUCUUCCUUAGACGUAUGGUAUCUCUCCAUCCUAUAAGUCUGAGCAACUUCCCUUUUCGCUGGUGGGUUUGAUGGUGGGGCUCUGAGUGUUGUUUCCUGUUUAUUUGUUUAGAAUUUUCAGAACCCAUUUUCCCAUGGGUAGGACCUUCACCUCCCCUGCAGAAUGGAAUGAACCCAGUCGCUUACUUGGUCUGUUGAGCUUGUCAUUCUGGAUUUCGGGAAGAUAGAGGAGAAAUGAUCGUGGGAAACUAUAAUUUUUGCUAUUCUAUCUAUCUUAGCUACUGAAAUAUGUGACGCAUAUUACUCUCUUCCUUCUGGAACCCAUUGAGUGGGAGGUUCUAUAUUCAUGAAAAGUUUCAAAGGGAAUGAAGAUUUCUAGUGUCUUUGUCUUAGAAAAUAGCCUGUGUGAUGGUGCUGGUCUCUUGUCUUGCAGAGGUGGCCUCAAAUCACCGUGGUCUCGGAGGAAAAGAAAGCGUGUUCUUACUCCUCCGAAGUGGAGUAGCCUAUUCUCUCCCGAAGGGAAGCUUCGAGAUGAAGUGAAGUUUCUGAAGAAAGUCCGCAGUGGAGUGAGCACUCUCUGCACUUCCAUCUCUGGUUCCCAUUUUUUGGCUGAUUUAUAGCUGAUGUGGUUAAUGCCGACAUACCAUUUAUUUUGAUCCAGGGGAUUGAUCCGAGAAUUAGGCCUGCUGUAUGGCCUUUCCUCCUUGGAGUGUAAGAUUUUGAACCUUUCUGCAACUCUCAUGCUGAGUUAUCUUCUCCUCACCAGCUGAGAAUUCUCAUGAAAUUUCAACUGCUAACAUGCGAUGCUUGGUAGAGACAGUUCAUAUGAUCAAAUUAUACAAUAUAUCAUGCUAAUUUCAGUGAAAAGUAAGAUUUUUGUUGUUUUAUAAAGGCCGUCGGUCGUUUCAUGCGUCACAAAUGGGUAGACUGAGAAAUAAAAGUCCUCAUGGGGUCCACGCCUUCAACAAUCUAUUCAGUGCUUUAUGGGGCUCUCUUGUUCUUCAAAAUAACCAUCACAUCCAUGCCAGGUUUCGGUAGUGGAAUUCCUUUCCAUGGAAAAAAAUAGGUUUAAAUCUCCCUAAUGAUGCAUUUUUCAUAUUAUGAUGUAUUUAUCUGUACAAUACCUUUUCAGAAAAAACAUCUGCUGCUAAUAUCUUGUUUUAUAAAGCUUAUGAGAUUGGUUCUGGAAGAUUAUCCGAAUAGAUGACAGAAGGUGAUAGCACAACUAGAGCACCAACAGCUAUGGUGAACUGUGUAAUCACAUGCUCGUUAGCUAAUCCGGAUAGUGUCAGACUUGGUGCAUAAGGGUGGGAAGAAAUCUAUUAAGCAAUAAUUUCUGGGUUACAUGCAUCCCGGUUUUGAUUUUGGUUGAGAAAAAAAGGGAUAAUCUGUGGUCCUUUUCCAUCCUGUAUGUGAUAAAACCAAUUGAUUUAUUUUACGUGCUGAAGGGUGAUUGAAGCUUUAGCCUGCAGGGGAAUCUCCACCUUUUUUCCAAUUCUUGGAAAGAUGACUAGGGUUUCCAUUUUUCUCUGUAACUUAAUUCGCUGCCGUCAAAGUCCAAAAAUAUGAAUGUUUGUGCUAAAGUGAUGACCAUUUUGUGAUCGUUGACCACAGAUGUCUCAACUGAGAAAGCCUUCUCCACUGGGGUAUUGCUCUUGAGCUUAUUUAGGUCAUCAAGCCCCAAGGGGGAUUCCUUUUUCAUGCCAUUUUUUUUGGGUAAAGGUAUCAGUUGAUGCUGCUACCUUAAUCUUUAGAGCCCAUUUGGGAAAUUUUCAGGCUUUGCUGGAAAUUUCAUUAUAUAUGACGGAAUAAAGUUGUUAAAGACUUAGUGUUAUUCAUGCGCUGGUCAAUGCCAAUCUGGAGCUACACUGCUCAGUUUUUGUCAACAAAUAGAGAAGAAAGGCACAAUGCACUGGUCCUGGGGACCAGAGAUGAUGAACCCAAAGGUUGAAAUAAUUAUUUUUACAAAUAAAAAAAAGAAAAGUGGAAAAAACUCAUGCCUCAAGAAAUCCUUGCUAACCCCUUUGUUGGUCCGCGAAAUCCCUAAAGUCCUAAUAUUUUCCUUUUGAUCUUACAUGUCCGAAGGCCCAUAAGUUGAAUUGGCGCGCCAGCUCUUUGUUGAACCAGGGUUAGAUUUGCGGGCCUUCUACAUCAAAAUCUGAUUAUUUAUGAAAAAUGAUGGAUUUUGAUUGUUUCAUGCUUCACGAGGGCCACUUUGUGAAUGAUGUUCUGUGAGAAAUGAUGACGCAGUAUUGGUUAUUAUAAUUCUUCGCUGCUGCUGAAUUUCUCUGGACAGAGAUCCGCCGAUCAUUUCUUGAUCGAGCUUCAGGACGGUUCUUGCUCUUCUGAGCUUUUUUUUUUCUUUCUAACCAAAGAGUACCAUACAUAACAGCUGCAUUCCAAUUCCACGGCGUGGGUUCAUCUUCUGAUAGUUCAUGGGUUUACUUCUGUAAAUCUGCUUAGAUUUAAUAAUAAUAAUAAUAAUAGUAAUAAUAAUUAUUACUAUUAAUAUUUUAAAAGCAUGGUUGGAUGCUCUGUAACAUAUAUUUUCUUCUCUGCAUGAUACUUCCUAAUCUGUUAUGAACGUUGUUUUUGAAUCAUUGUUGGUGGGUGAGCAGAUAUCUUCUGCAUCUCUGAAAUGUUUGGAGUUGACCGGGAUCCUUUCCUUUUGCAGCUAUGACCUGAGCAGUACAGAAGCCGAGAGAGAAGCUGUUAGAUCUCAGAAGAGGUGUCGUAUUAAGGGCUCCCAUUCUGUACCAUCUUCCCUGAGCUCUCGAUUCUCAUGGUUUGGCUUGAAUAAAAUGCAGGAAAGAGUAUAAGAAGCUUAGGCGCAGAUGCCGGCGGCUCCUGAAGCUCGACGAUGACGUUGGAGAGGAGUUCGCUGCAGCUGGCGGCGGUGGCGGCGCCGGCAAAGGGGAGGUGCCUGAGUUGAGUGUGGAUCAGGGCUCUCCCAGCUCGUCGGAGGUCUUCAGUGCCCGCCAGUCGCUCUCCAACGAAGAUGCAGGCCCAGAUGCUGCUAUCAGCUCGGAAACUACGAGCUCCACCCAGAAGAUCUCACAGUCCCUUACAGAGGAAGCGAGCCCAGAUCUUCCAGUGGGGCCUGUUUCUGACUGGGGUCUCCAGGAGGAGGAGGAAGAAGAGGAAGAAGAUGAAGAGGAAGAGGCCGAAGGAGGAGAAGAUACGAGCGCCCUCACCCAGGUCGACGUCUCUGCGGCCAAUUCUGAAUCCUCCGACUCCGAGUCCUCCAUAGAAGAACCUGAGAGCCUGCCGGUCCUGUCGGCGACAGAGAUGAGCGUGGAGGGCGAUCACCGCCAGGCAGAGGCCGAGCCGUCAAAAUCUCAUCGGACUUCGGAGGAUUACGCCACAUGGCAGCGCAUAAUUCGCCUGGAUGCUCUGCGGGCCAAUGCGGAGUGGAUCCCUUACUCGUCGGCGCAGACCACCGUCUCCGGCGAGGAGGCGGCGCGGCUGGCGGCGACGGUCGGGCUGAGGGACUACGACCACCUGGAGCCAUGCAGGGUCUUCCACGCCGCCCGGCUGGUGGCCGUGCUGGAAGCGUACGCCGUCUUCGACCCGGAGAUUGGCUACUGCCAGGGGAUGAGCGACCUGCUAUCGCCGAUCGUGGCGGUGAUGGAGGAGGACUGCGAGGCGUUCUGGUGCUUCGUCGGCUUCAUGCGCAGGGCCCGGCACAACUUCCGGCUAGACGAGGUGGGCAUCCGGCGGCAGCUGAACCUUGUGUCGAAGAUCAUCAAGUACAGGGACUCUCAAUUCUACCGGCACCUGGAGAAGCUGGAGGCGGCGGACUGCUUCUUCGUCUACCGCAUGGUGGUGGUGCUCUUCCGCAGGGAGCUCAGCUUCGAGCAGACGCUGUGCCUGUGGGAGGUGAUGUGGGCGGACCAGGCGGCGAUCCGGGCUGGUAUCGGCGGGAAGUCGGCAUGGGACAGGAUCAGGCAGCGGGCGCCGCCGACCGACAACCUGCUGCUUUACGCCAUCGCCGCCUGCGUCUUGCAGCGGCGGAAGCUUAUCAUCGAGAGGUACAGCAGCAUGGACGAGAUCCUCAGGGAGUGCAACAGCAUGGCUGGCCAGCUUGAUGUGUGGAAGCUGCUCGACGAUGCCCAUGACCUGGUCGUCGCCCUCCAUGACAAGGUCUGA